CCAGUCAGACUGCAUAAGUGAAAGGAAAACUCAGCAGCUCCGUUUUGUGUCGAGGGGAAAAUAAAUCUUUUCAGGAGUAAAAACACAAAUGAUGGAGGGAAAGAGAUCAGACUCACCAGAACCCAGCUGUGUGUCCAUGAAGAGUGACCGGUCAAAAGAGGAUCCCAUAACUAACUUCAGAGACAGAGACAGUUCUACUGAUCUGAGAAUGAUGGAGGGAAAGAGAUCAGACUCACCAGAACCCAGCUGUGUGUCCAUGAAGAGUGACGCGUCAAUGGAUCCCAUAACUAACUUCAGAGACAGAGACAGUUCUACUGAUCUGAGACCACAAAAGAAGAAAUCAAACAUCAGCAGGAAUCAGUUGGACUCCAUAUUCAAGGAGCUGGAACACAAAGUCAUCACUCUGAUAAAGAACGAGCUGAAGAGGUUUAAGAAGCUCCUGAUCCCAGAUUACCCAGCAUGCACUGAGAGGGAGGUGGAGGAUGAGGAGGUUCUGCACAGUGUGAGAGAGGGAGCACUGAAGAUCACACUGCACGUCCUGAAGAACAUGAACCACACAGAUCUCGCUCACACACUGCACAACAAGCUGGUAUCUGUGUAUCAACAAAAGCUGAAAUCCAACCUGAGGGAGAAGUUUAAAAGAAUUAAUGAAGGAAUCUCACAGCAUAGAAGCUCAGCUCUUCUGAAUGAGAUCUACACAGAGCUCUACAUCACAGAGGGCUGGAGUGGAGACGUCAAUAAUGAACAUGAGGUGAGACAGAUUGAGACAGCGUCCAGGAGACCAGCAACACAGGAGACACCCAUCAAAUGUAAUGAUCUCUUUAAAGACAAGUCCAUCAGAAGUGUGCUGACUAAAGGAGUUGCUGGAAUUGGAAAAACAGUCUCUGUGCAGAAGUUCAUUCUGGACUGGGCUGAAGGAAAAGCAAAUCAGGACGUCACCUUCAUGUUUCCACUUCCCUUUAGAGAGCUGAAUCUGAUGAAGCAGAAAAAUCUCAGUCUGAUGAAUCUUCUUCAUCACUUUUUCCCAGAAAUGAGAAAACUAGAAUUAUCAGACUGUAACUCCUACAAAGUCCUCUUUAUCUUUGAUGGUCUGGAUGAGUAUCGACUUCCUCUAAAUUUCCAGAACAAUGAGAGAUUGUGUGAUGUGACAGAGUCAGCCUCAGUGGAUGUGCUGCUGACAAACCUCAUCAAGGGGAAUCUGCUUCCCUCUGCUCUCCUCUGGAUAACCUCUCGACCAGGAGCAGCCAAUCAGAUCCCUCCUGAGUGCGUAGACCAGGUAACAGAGGUACGAGGGUUCAGUGAUCCUCAGAAAGAGGAGUACUUCAGGAAGAGGAUCAGUGAUCAGAGCCUGGCCAAUAAAAUCAUCACACACACAAAGUCUUCAAGAAGCCUCUACAUCAUGUGCCACAUCCCAGUCUUCUGCUGGAUUUCAGCCACUGUUCUAGAGAGAAUGUUGGGUGAAGCAGAGAGUGGAGAGAUCCCCAAGACUCUGACGCAAAUGUUCACACACUUCCUGAUCUUUCAGAUCAAACACAAGGACCAAAAGUACCAUCAGAAAUGUGACCCUGAUCCUCAGCAGACCAGAGAGAGUAUCCUGGCAUUGGGAAAACUGGCUUUCCAACAGCUGGAGAAAGGAAACCUGAUCUUCUAUGAGGAAGACCUGAGAGAGUGUGGCAUUGAUGUCAGAGAAGCUUCAGUGUACUCAGGAAUGUGUACCCAGAUCUUCAGAGAGGAGUCUGGGCUUCACCUGGGGAAGGUGUUCAGCUUUGUACAUCUGAGUGUUCAGGAGUUUCUGGCUGCUUUAUACGCAUUUCUCUCCUUUAUCAUUAAAAAGAGAAAUGUGCUACUGGAGCAAAGCACUGGAGUUUUUAAUCUCUUCAGGAAUCCAAACAUGUCUGAUUUCCUCAGGAGUGCAGUGGACAAGGCCUUACAGAGUGAGAAUGGACACCUGGACCUGUUCCUCCGCUUCCUUCUGGGUCUCUCACUGGAGUCCAAUCAGACUCUCUUACGAGGCUUAAUGCCACAGACAGGAAGCAGCUCUCACAGCAAACAGGAAACAGUUGAGUACAUCAAGGAGAAGAUCAGGGAGAAUCCAUCUCCAGAGAAAUCCAUCAAUCUGUUCCACUGUCUGAAUGAACUGAAUGAUCAUUCUCUAGUGCAGGAAGUACAAACUUACCUGAACAGGGUUGUUUAUAGUCGUCUCAGUGGAAUCAGACUCUCUCCUGCUCAGUGGUCAGCUCUGUUGUUUAUUUUACUGAACUCAGAACAGGAGCUGGAUGUGUUUGAUUUGGGCAAAUAUGACCCAUCAGAGGAAUUUCUUCUGAGGGUGCUGACAGUGGUCAAAGCCUCUAGAAAAGCUCUGCUGUGUGUGUGUCACCUGACAGAGGAAAGCUGUAGAGUUCUGUCCUCAAUUCUCAGCUCAAACUCCUCCAGACUGAGAGAACUGAACCUGAGUCACAAUAACGUGCAGGAUUCAGGAGUGAAGCUGCUCUCUGCUGGUCUGGAGAAUCCACACUGUACACUGGAAAUACUGAGUCUGUGUUAUUGUAAUCUGACAGAGGAAAGCUGUAGAGUUCUGUCCUCAGUUUUCAGCUCAAACUCCUCCAGUCUGAGAGAACUGAACCUGCGUGGAAAUAACCUGCAGGAUUCAGGAGUGAAGCUGCUCUCUGCUGGACUGGAGAAUCCACACUGUACACUGGAGAUACUGAGUCUGCGUUGGUGUAACCUGACAGAGGAAAGCUGUAGAGAACUGUCCUCAGUUCUCAGCUCAAACUCCUCCAGUCUGAGAGAACUGGAUCUGAGUCACAAUAACCUGCAGGAUUCAGGAGUGAAGCUGCUCUCUGCUGGACUGGAGAAUCCACACUGUACACUGGAGAUACUGAGUCUGUGUGGGUGUAAUGUGACAGAGGAAAGCUGUAGAGUUCUGUCCUCAGUUCUCAACUCAAACUCCUCCAGUCUGAGAGAACUGGACCUGUGUGGAAAUAACCUGCAGGAUUCAGGAGUGAAGCUGCUCUCUGCUGGACUGGAGAAUCCACACUGUACACUCGAGAAACUGAGUCUGAUUGUGUGUAACCUGACAGAGGAAAGCUGUAGAGUUCUGUCCUCAGUUCUCAGCUCAAACUCCUCCAGUCUGAGAGAACUGAACCUGAGUGACAAUAAACUGCAGGAUUCAGGAGUGAAGCUGCUCUCUGCUGGACUGGAGAAUCCACACUGUACACUGGAGAUACUGAGGUUGUAUAACUGCAGUAUCACAGAUGAAGGUUGUGCUGCUUUGGCUUCAGCUCUGAGGUCAAACUCCUCAUCACACCUGAGAGAACUGAACAUGAACAACAAUAAUCCAGGAGAGUCAGGAGUGAAGCUGCUCUCUGAUCUACUGAAGGAUCCACACUGUACACUGGAGACACUACACAUUACGAGCUGAAUCACUCACAUUCAGAUGUAGAAGUUCCACAACAAUCACCGUGACUGAUCACAUCCUUUAUCCACUCAGCUCACGCUUCUUCAGACUGUAAUAUUAUAUUUUAUCAUGCAAAGUCCUUCACUAUUUACACACAACACAAUAACAUCUUUUCUACUGCAUUUUAAAUGAUAAUGUAAACAUGUAGACCUGCAACACGCUUCAACUAUUAAAGAUAUUUACAUAAUUCUAAAAACAGCAGUUGAAAACCUUCUUGUAUAUUUACUGUAUAUAAACCUGUUAUUCCAUACAAUUUUGUCUAGUAUAUAACAGUAUAUGUAAUAUGAAAUAAAC